CUAAAUGAUUUCCACUGGAUGCCUACCACCACAAUAAUACUACCACUAACUAACUUGAACCAUAACUACUAGUACAUUUUUGCAGAAAUUAUCUGUACCACUAUUAAAACGGUACAAAUGCAACGAAAGUCGUAACGACACAGGUUAACCCUACCGCCAUUGUUGUCGUCGACGCCAUUCUCCGCCACAUCGUCGUCUGAAUCAGCGUGAUCGCCUGAUUGCGGUACGAAAUGGUCGUUGUUCUCCACGUCGACGCCGUAUUGGACGUUGUCCGUGAUUUUUUCCCCGUUCCGGAUGGUCUUCGUUGACCAGCUCCUCCACGUCCAAAACGUCGCCAUCAUCGCCAUUCUCCGUCAGGUCCGGCUGCUCAACUCCGAUCUCAUAUAUAUUCUCGUCGACGUCGUCGUUGCUUGUCAAUGGGACGUUCAGGUCAAAGUCGAAUUAACAACUAGGUUAAGCUCCACCUCGUUCUCCGUCGUCGUUGCUGAUGUAGUCGUCCAUUGUAUGGCGGCGCCCGCGUCGCUGGUAUUUUCCGGAGCUACUGAUGCUUGGUUUGAUGAGGGAGAAGCCAAAAAUGGAAGGGAAAGAGUUCCAGCCGAAAUAGGCUCUUCAUCUCCCUCCAAUCACGCUCCAAGAUUCUCUCUAUGCAUUUAAGUGGUAAUUCAAAAUUAUUAGAAUUAAAAACUUACUAAAAAGCCCUUCUUGUGCUCCUGACCCCCGGAUGAAGAAGAAGGAUGGCCGGCAAAAAGGGGGAAGUGAAAUUGACAAUCCCUAAAGGGUUGUCACGCUAUCCCGUCCGUCCUUUUUAUUUUUCAUACAAUCAUUCUAACUUUUUAUGGUACCAAAUAUAAAUUUAAAUUGCUU